GUGGCACCAGGAGUGGGUGGCCCAUGCCCUCCCAGGCCCAGCUCCCAGCAGUGUUAGGACCAGCAGCUGGACACGCUGCCUCAGGGCUUAGGAUCCCAGCUGGGAAGGUGAGUCAGCCAGCGGGCCGGGCUCCUGGAAUUGGGACCAGCAGCUCCCGUUGGGGGCGCCCCACCACCCAUGUCACCGGCAGAAAAACUGGACCCGCUUCCUGACACCUUCAUCCUGCAGCCGCCCGUCUUCCACCCGGUGGUUCCUUAUGUCACAACCAUUUUUGGCGGCUUACGCGCCGGCAAGAUGGUCAUGCUGCAGGGCGUGGUCCCGCUAGAUGCACGCAGGUUCCAAGUGGACUUCCAGUGCGGCUGCAGCCUGCACCCCCCGCCCGACAUCGCCAUCCACUUCAACCCUCGCUUCCACACCACCCAGCCGCACGCCAUCUGCAACACCCUGCAGGCCGGGCGCUGGCAGGCCGAGGCCCGGUGGCCCCGCCUGGCCCUGCGCAGGGGAGCCAGCUUCCGCAUCCUCUUCCUCUUUGGACACGAGGACAUGAAGGUGAGCGUGAAUGGCAGGCACUUCCUCCACUACCGCUACCGGCUCCCGCUGUCCCGCGUGGACACCCUGGGCAUAUUCGGGGACAUCCUGGUGAAGGCUGUUGGAUUCCUGAACAUCAACCCGUUCCCAGAGGGCGGCAGCGAGUAUCCAGUUGGACACCCCUUCCUGCUGGGGAGCCCCAGGCUGGAGGUGCCCUGCUCACGCCCCCUCCCCCGGGGUCUCUGGCCGGGACAGGUCAUCGUGCUGCGGGGGCUGGUCUUGCCGGAGCCCAAGGACUUCACGCUGAGCCUGGGGGACGAGGCCGCGCGUGUCCCCGUGGCUCUCAGGGCCUCCUUCGCAAACAGGACGCUGGCGUGGGUGUCGCCCUGGGGGCGGAAGCAGCUGAUCUUGGCCCCCUUCCUCUUCUACCCCCAGCGGUUCUUCGAGGUGCUGCUGCUGUGCCAGGAGGGAGGGCUGAAGCUGGCGCUCAACGGGCAGGGCCUGGGCGCCACCAGCCUGGGCCGGCAGGUCCUGGAGCGGCUGCGGGAGCUGCGGGUCAGCGGCACCGUCCAGCUGUACUGUGUGCACCACUGAGGAGAGGCCGGGACGAGGAGGGCCCGCCACACCGGCCCCGCGCUCUGCCCACCCCUCGAAGUGCCCGCCUGUCGCCGCCAUGCCAGGCCCAGCUCACUUCCAGGGUCCGCAGGGGCUGGGUCCCCCCGAAGAGGGCAGGCAGGGGGGUGUGAGGGCGCCUCCAGCUCUGGGCCUCCCUUCCCCAGGAGCUGGGGGUUUGCCUCCGUCUUCCUUCAGGGCUUGGAGAGGAGGCAGGUUGUGUAGCCGAACAAAGGCACUCAGAGUCCUGGCUCAGGGACGUGACAGGCUCCCGCCGCCCACCUGACAGCAGAGAGAACGGGCUGUG